AUGUAUGCAUUUCGAUUUGUUGAAGCUGGCCUUCGUCGAGCACUUUGGUAUUUUGGCCGAUCAGUACCAGCUAAAAAGGCCUUAUUUGUGUGUCUUCCGAUAGUAUUUGUAUUGCUAUCACUAAUUGGACCAAUUGUACAUCGUGAACGGAUGAAUCUUUCAUUACCGUUUGAUACAUUCGUUUCCUGUUUUAAUGACCGGUAUCCAGCAACCGGACAUAGCAAUCUUCGUUUAACAACACGUGGUAUUCUAGCAUUUAAUGGUUCUAAUCCAGCAUAUAACGCCAUCAGACGUAAUUCACCAGCUGAAUUUACCGUAAUUAUGCGAUCAAAAGGUUAUGGUUCCAUUGUUGCCGAAAAUUCGAUGGAUUCAUUUGGAAAAUUAAGUCAUUCAAUAAAAUCAAUUGUUAUCAAUUACGAACGGAUGAAUCUAACGUGGCCAGAAAUGUGUUAUGAUUCAUGCACCAGAAACGAUGAUCCCAUACAGCAAAUUCUGGAAAGUGAUCCGAAAACUGCACUUACUUAUCCGGAAACAAUUAUUUCACUAAAGAAUACCGGAAAUUUAACGCGAUUAUUUCUCGGAUUUACCAUAGGUGGUGUUGAAACAGAUGCAGAUGGUAUUGUUACAUAUGCACGAUCGUUGAGAACAAAUUUUAAAAUCAAAGAAAAUUUUCGUUCAGAAAUUUUGGAUGAAUUUUCUAAACAAUUUGUCAAAAAGGUGAAUGACGAACGAAAAGAGAUAGAAAAAAGCAUGGAUGUGGAUGUUAAUUGGUGGUCAUAUCGAGAAUUUGUUGAUGAUGUAAUUUCUGGAUUGGAAACAAUGCAUUACUUGCUAAUUGCAUCUGCAGCAUUUCUUAUGUUUUCAUGCUUAGCUGCAAGUUUUGGUGCAAAUGGUUAUCAGUUUUGCGUGGAAAUGCUUGAAUUUAACUUAUACUAG